GCACUCGCCUGCAAGCCGCUGUGUCACACCUUUGUUUUGUCGCAGGCAAGUUCACGGGGCAGUUCAUUCAGUCCAAGCGGAGUGAGCGAAACGAGAAACGUCGCCGCGUCCGCAGAAAGAGGCUGGACACUGCCGGCGCUAGGUCCAAGCCGCGCGCCCCCGCCGCGGGGCCGGACAACAACUACGGCCACCUGGACCAGCUUGCCCCGGUCCUUCCUGACCCUCCCGUGGACGACCCCACCGCGUUGCAGCAAAAGAUGGACAACUUCAUGGAGACACUGUGGGACGACGUCCGGAACAGGGCAGAUGAGCUGCAGAACUUGGCGCAGGGCACACCUGAGUGGCUCAAUGAGCGUUGGGGCCGCCUCACUGCUGUGGACUUUGGCGAGGUGUGCAAGCGCCAAGAUACCACGUCUUGCAAGAGAUUUGUAACUGACAAGCUCUACAAGAGCAAAGUGCAAGGCCGUUUGGAUGAUGUAAAACAGAUCCAACAUGGAAAGCUGAAUGAGUCGCUCGCCAAAGAGAGACUAAAGACAAAAGGCUACCCUUCCAUAAAAGAAUGCGGUUUUUUUGUAGAUAAGGACAUGCCAUUCUUAGGCGCCAGUCCAGACGGCCUUAUUGGAAGCGACGCUAUCUUGGAAGUGAAAUGCCCCUUCAAAGCUUAUGAAUCAAAGACAAAAAAUGAGGCUAUGGACAUGAAACUGGUCACGUACCUGGAGAGGGAUGGCAAUGGAGAGGUCAAACUGAAAACAAACGAGGAUUACUACUAUCAAGUUCAGGGGCAGCUCCACAUCACCAGGCGACAGAGAUGUGUUUUUAUGGUGUUUGCUAAACACUGGGAGCACAUAGAAGAGAUAGAAAGGAGCAACCACUUUUGGAACACCAACAUGCGAGACCAACUUGAAAGAUUUUAUAAAGGGGCACUUCUUCCGGAAAUUGCUAUGUCUCGCUAUAAGUAUCGCAACCUGAAGGAAGACAUACGGGAGUUGCCGUCAGUGAUAGAGGCACAGGCCAAGGCGGUACGAGACAGAGCAGAAAAGGAGGAAAACAACCGAAAGAAGAAGAGGGAGCAAGAAGAAGCAAAGCAGAAAAGGAAAGAGGCCCAGGAGGCAAAAGAGAAGCAGAAAAAGGAAGCACAGGAGGCACGAGAGAAGAAGAAAAGGGAGGCAGAAGAGGCCAGAGAGAGAAAGAGGAAGGAAGUAGAGGAGGCUAGAGAAAGGAAGAGAAAGGAGAAAGAGGAGAGAGGAGAUGCCACCGGGAAGAGGAUGAGAGGCAAUGUUCAAAGAAAGCCAUAG